UUUGCUCCAACCUGGUCAACCAUUCCUUCGUGUUUUGUGCUAGCGCCGUCGUAGUAAGAGGAUCUUCGAUGCUGCCGUCCCGCCUAUCCGUGCUGACAUAGACACAGCGUGAGCUCUAACCAUGACUCGACCAGUCGCCGGCGAUGGUCCGCAACGAUGUCACCGAUGAAGCGCUCAGGCUGCGUAACCGAAGACCGACUGCCGCUUAGUUAUAAGCAUGGCUCAAACACUUUGAAGCCGGACUACUCCUCCAACUUCUGCCUCGAAAUGGGUGUGCUUCAAGUCGGAAGCUUUGUUGCACUCAUAGCCACCGCUGUCCUGGCCGCUCGGCCGGCUGUCACUAUCAAGAACGGGACACUUGUCGGAGCAGACCUUCCUCAGAAUGGACAACAUCUAUUCCUCGGCAUCCCAUAUGCUCAGCCUCCUGUUGGAGCCCUCCGCCUGCGACCGCCACAAUCGAUAAACUUGUCGUUUGGUCAACUCGAUGCCACACAAUAUGGCCCCCAUUGCUGGUCUGCGUUUACGACUGGCUUUGAUGAUAACUCUGGUUUCGAGCAAUCCGAGGACUGCCUUACCCUGAAUAUUGUCCGCCCAUCGAGUGUUUCGGAGACGUCGUCUGUUCCCGUGCUUGUUUGGAUUCAUGGUGGUGGUCUUACCGAGAGUGGAAGCGGUGACUAUCGUUUCAAUGGAACAUACCUCGUUGAAGCCUCCGUCGCAAACGGUCAUCCUAUGAUCUUUGUCUCGAUGAAUUAUCGUGUUGCUUCAUUUGGUUUCCUUGCGAGCUCAGAGCUUGAGAGCGAGGGCUCUCUUAACUUGGGAAUGCGAGACCAGCGGUUAGCACUACACUGGGUCCAGGAAAAUAUCGCAAGAUUUGGCGGAGACCCGAGGAAAGUGACAAUACAAGGAGAAAGGUGA